CCCGACUUCUUCUCUCUCCAGUCUUCAGUACAGAUGGAAAAAGGACCGCUUGAGCGGCAAAAUCCCACGCGAACCCUACUUUCUACAGGCAGACACACCAUUUCUCCUCCUUUUUCUUCGUAUUAAAGCGGAUCGAGAAAAGACCGAAGACUUUUAAAAAGAUGAUUUCUAGGGUUUCGUCCGAGGUAUGUAGAAAAUUCAGAUUCUCUCGACAUCGUGAAUUUCGAUCCGAUCCUCUUAACAACCAUUAGUUUCACACUAGCUUUGUCUGAGGUCACAUUUUAACUGGGUCUUUGAAUUGGAGAUAUUCUACAUUUCUGAUAAUAUCUGGUAAUUCCAGAUGUACAUCACUACUACAUAAUUUGCAUCAGGAGAUGAAAUGGUGACUUCAAGUUUGGUAUCUGGUCUUUUGAAGUUUGACAUGUUUACAUGAUUGAGAAUGUGAAGUUGGAGCUAUAUUGAUUGAUUCCAAUGGGAGAUUCUUUGCAUAGGUCUGGGUCCAGCAAAAGUUUGUACGUGGCAAGCAUUGAUACCAGUAAAAAGUCAUCCAGACAAUGUUUAGUUGCUUCUGCUCCAAAGAUCUUUUCACUGAAGACUUUUAAUGGUAUGUUUCCUCGGAGGAAUGCUAAAUUGGGAGGAGGUUCUACUGAGCAGAUGGUAUUCUUUUUACUUAAAGUUGUCUCUCUGGAGAUGGUGCGAAGGUUCUCCAGGGCAAGGUGUCCAUCUAUAUGGCGGGGUCUUCAGGCAUUGCAUCUCCUUUGCUAUCCACCAUUUAAAUGGUUACAAAGAUGGACACCUCUCAGGAUUUUGAUAAAUGGCAUGCAGAAACUUUCAAGACCAUUGUUGUUUCUCUCAAUUGCAACAGCUUUCUCUGAUGAAUCGGAUUAUUCUAAGGAAACUUCUGAUAACGUGGAUGAGUCUCAAUCAUAUCCUGAAAUAGCUGCUGCUGAAUCAACUCCUGAUAUGAGGAUCUGUGCUGGAGAGCCUGAGGAUGUUGAGCCCGAGAAUUGGAUGCUGCAACUCUACAAGGAGCUGGAGAGUCAGGGAAUUACUCUUCCUGAAAGGAUUGAUGAGGAUGAGCUGCGUCGAUUCUAUACUGCAGCAAAUGGUGAUUUCUCAUGCUUGCUUUCUUCAAUCAAGAAGACAAUUCGUUGGAGGGAGACUUAUACUAUUCUUUCAGCACAAGAACUAGAGAUGUGGUCGCAUUUGGUAUUUUGGCAUGGGCAUGAUGUGAAGCUCCGACCUUGCCUUAUUAUUCGCCUUGGACUUGCAUGCUCCAGGUUGGCAUCUGAUGACAGGCCUCGCUUUGCUCAAGCAGUAGUAUCCCAAAUUGAACAUGGAGUUCUCCACUUGGUUAAUGCAGAAGAUCCUCGGAUUACUGUUUUGAUGGACUGCAAAGGAGUGUCUGCAUUGAAGUUCCCUAUGCAAAUGAUGCGAUCUUGUUCCACUCUCAUGCAGGAUCACUUUCCAAACCGUCUUGGGCUUUUGUUUGUUUUACGGCUUCCUCCAGUUGUCCGAGUAAUUGCCCAGACUUUUAUUCAACAGGUCUUGAGACCAUCGACUCGGCAAAAACUGCGUGUUGAAGGGGAGAGGUACAUCAACAUUCUCUCAGAACACCUUGAGAUGAUCCCUGCAUUCCUCGGUGGGCGCUGUACAUGUUCCAAGUGCCAGAUGCUCUGCGUUGGUCACAUUCAGCCUCCUGUGGAGGAAACCCAUAAGAGGGAGGUGAACCCGAGUUUCGAAGAUGAUGACUUGAUGGGAGAUACUUAUCUGAGUGAUCCCCCCAUGAAUGGUGGUUGCGAUCAGAUCCUCCGGACAGCUAUAAUUGGGGUGCUUAUGUUGUGGAUUUUCAUCGCUUUACUCACAGGUAUGCAUGACCCAGAUAAUUUGGCCUUGUAGAGGAAUAACUGCUUCCAUUUGCACGUUAAAAUUUUCUACCUGUAUCUGCAAUUCUUUUUCCAAAUCUCAGCCUAUCUCUGUACUGCUUGCUUACAAGUUACAAUGCAACACACGUACUGUAAAUAGAGGACGGUAUUAGCACGUGCAGCAUUUAUUCUCUA